UUACUAACUCAUUAUUUUAUAGUAAAUAGCAGACACAAAGAAAGCAAAAUAAAUUUAAAAAUAGAAAUAUAUCAAGAGUUAAUCAUCAAUUAAACAAAGAAAGAAAUACAGAAGUGUCACAUGGCAUGUGAGUAAACACACACAGCUGUGUCCAUCCAUCCAUACCUCAACAUGAUAAAUACCCUUGUUACCAUCCUUACUCCGACUUUUGACUCUCCUUGUACCCUUCCUUCACUCUCUCUUUCAUCAUCAUGUCCCAACCUUCUUCUUCUUCUUCUUCUCUUCCAACCCUCCCUCUCUAAUGGCACCACCCCAAUACUAACUAGUACAAUACCUCAUCAUCACCAACAUCAUCAUAUCCUAAACUCAAAUAUAUCAACUUAAGCUUUCUAUCCAGUAAAAAUGAAACCCCCAUACAUCACCAACACUCUCUUACUCCUUCUUUCACUAUUCCUCCUCCACUUAUCACCAUGCACCUCUUCUCAAAAAGACCCAACUUCUCAACUUCUCAACUUCAAACAAUCUCUCCCAAACCCAUCACUUCUCCAUGAUUGGCUACCAAACAAUAACCCAUGUUCAUUCACAGGUAUCACCUGCAACCAAACCACCAUAACUUCCAUACACCUUACUUUCAUCCCUCUCAACAUCAACCUCACCCUUAUCGCCACCCAUCUUCUCACCAUCGACCACCUUCAAACCCUCACUCUCAAAUCCACAAACCUCACUGCCUCAUCUCCCAUUUCACUCUCUCAUUCAAAGUGCACUCCUUCACUCACUACCAUAGAUCUCUCACUAAACACUCUCUCUUCAUCUUUCUCCGACUGGUCUUUUCUUUCUUCAUGUUCAUCUCUUACAUCUCUUAACCUCUCCAAAAACGGUAUCACUUUUGAUUCUCCUAAAUUCAGUUUCAGUUCAUCUCUCCGGUUACUUGACCUUUCCGGUAACAAGAUUUUCGGACCCGGUUUCUUCCCAUGGUUAAUCAAUCAUGAGUUAGAGUUUUUAUCUCUUGCAGGAAACAAAAUCACCGGCGAAGUCGACUUCUCCGGUUACACUUCUCUUAAGUAUUUGAACCUUUCUGCAAAUAAUUUCAGUGUUUCUAUUCCUUUGUUCGGUGAAUGUUCUUCUCUUCAAUCUCUAGACCUUUCUACAAACAAGUUCUUCGGCGACAUUACCAGAACUCUUUCUCCUUGUAAGCAUCUUCUUCAUCUCAACGUUUCCGAUAACCAGUUCACUGGUCCGGUUCCUUUUAUUCCCUCCGGUUCGAUAAAGUUUCUCUACCUUGCGAAAAACCACUUCGCCGGAAAAAUUCCGGCGCAUCUUGCUGACCACUGCUCUACUCUCGUGGAACUGGAUCUUUCUUCUAACAACCUCACUGGUCCAAUUCCACGCGAGUUUGGCGCGUGUAGUUUGUUGACGUCGUUCGACAUAUCGAACAACAUGUUCUCCGGGGAGCUUCCGAUGGAAGUUAUAACGGAGAUGAGUAGUUUGAAAGAACUUGCGGUGGCGUCUAAUGAAUUUUCCGGUGAGUUUCCAGUGUCGUUGUCGAAGUUAACGGAUUUAGAAUCGUUAGAUCUGAGUUCUAAUAACUUCACCGGAACAGUUCCUAAUUGGAUUUGUGAAGGGGAAAUUGGGAAUAAUUUGAAGGGAAUUUACCUGCAAAAUAACCGUUUCACGGGUUUUAUUCCACCAACGUUGAGUAACUGUUCUAACCUUGUUGCACUUGAUUUAAGCUUCAAUUAUUUCACGGGAACAAUUCCUCCAAGUUUAGGUUCCCUUACGAAGCUUCGUGAUUUGAUUUUGUGGUUGAAUCAGCUUCAUGGUGAAAUUCCUCAAGAGCUUCAAAAUAUGGAGAGUUUGGAGAAUUUGAUACUUGAUUUCAAUGACUUGACUGGAAGCAUUCCUGAUGGGCUAAUGAAUUGCACAAAGUUGAAUUGGAUCUCGCUUUCGAACAACAGGCUUAGCGGGGUGAUUCCGAGGUCGAUUGGGAAGCUUUCUAAUCUUGCUAUUUUGAAGCUGAGCAAUAACACCUUGUCUGGCGAGAUCCCGCCGGCGCUUGGAGAUUGUCCUAGCUUGUUAUGGUUGGAUCUGAAUACAAAUUUACUUACAGGAAUAAUACCUCCUGAAAUGUUCAAGCAAGCCGGAAAAAUUGCGAUUAACUACAUUAGCAGCAAGCCAUAUGUAUACAUUAAGAAUGAUGGUAGUAGAGGGUGUAAUGGAGCUGGAAGCUUGCUGGAAUUUGCAGGGAUAAGUCAGCUGAAAUUGAAUAGAAUUUCGACGAGGAACCCUUGCAAUUUCACUAGGGUUUACAAAGGUAGCAUUCAGCCAGUGUUUACCCUUAAUGGUUCAAUGAUCUUUUUUGAUAUUUCACACAACAAUUUGUCUGGUCCUAUUCCUAAGGAAAUUGGUGAAAUGCAAUUUCUCUUCAUUUUGCAUAUGAGUCAUAAUCACUUAUCUGGUAGCAUUCCUCAAGAGCUUGGUAAGAUGAAGAAUCUCAACAUUCUUGAUCUUUCAUACAAUGAGCUAGAGGGUCAAAUUCCAGAAACCAUGACACGGCUUUCAUUGCUCACUGAAUUGUACUUGUCCAACAAUUUUCUCUCCGGAUCGAUUCCAAUGGCUGGUCAAUUCGAUACGUUUCAGAUUGGUAGUUUUCAGAACAACUCUGCUCUCUGCGGUGGUCCUCUUCCUGCAUGUGGGACGAUUGCAGCGGGUGCGAAUUCACAGCAUAAGUCUCAUAGGAGACAGGCGUCACUUGCAGGGAGUGUGGCAAUGGGAUUGCUUUUCGCUCUUUUCUGUAUUUUCGGUUUGAUCUUAAUUGCUGUUGAGACAAGAAAGAGGAGGAAGAAAAAGGAGGCUGCUAUUGAUGGCUACAUUGACAAUUCUCAUUCGGGUAAUGGCAAUAAUUCUGGCUGGAAACUGACCAGUGCCCGCGAAGCUCUCAGCAUAAACCUCUCAACGUUUGAAAAGCCCCUUCGAAAGCUUACUUUUGCGGAUCUUCUAGAGGCAACCAAUGGCUUUCACAAUGAUAGUCUCAUUGGUUCAGGUGGUUUCGGUGACGUGUAUAAAGCUCAGUUGAAGGAUGGAAGUGUUGUGGCCAUCAAGAAGCUGAUACAUGUAAGUGGACAAGGGGACAGAGAAUUCACAGCUGAAAUGGAAACCAUUGGAAAAAUCAAGCACAGAAACCUUGUUCCUCUUCUGGGAUACUGCAAAGUUGGAGAAGAAAGACUGUUGGUUUAUGAGUACAUGAAAUAUGGAAGUCUAGAAGAUGUCCUCCACGACCCGAAGAAAGCUGGAAUCAAGAUGAAUUGGUCAGUGAGGAGGAAGAUUGCAAUUGGGGCUGCAAGGGGAUUGGCUUUUCUUCAUCAUAGUUGUAUCCCCCAUAUCAUUCACAGGGACAUGAAAUCAAGCAAUGUGUUGCUUGAUGAAAAUUUGGAAGCAAGGGUCUCUGAUUUUGGAAUGGCUAGACUUAUGAGUGCCAUGGACACCCAUCUGAGCGUAAGCACGUUGGCUGGAACGCCGGGUUACGUCCCUCCAGAAUACUAUCAGAGCUUUAGAUGCUCCACUAAAGGUGAUGUUUACAGUUAUGGUGUAGUUUUGCUGGAGUUGCUGACGGGGAGAAGACCAACGGAUUCAGCUGAUUUUGGCGAUAACAAUCUUGUUGGAUGGGUUAAACAACAUGCCAAACUUAAAAUAAGUGAUGUUUUUGAUCAAGAGCUUAUGAAAGAAGACCCCAAUAUGGAGAUUGAGCUUUUGCAGCAUUUAAAGGUAGCUUGUGCUUGUUUGGAUGAUAGACCUUGGAGGAGACCUACAAUGAUUCAAGUCUUGGCAAUGUUCAAGGAAAUACAAGCCGGUUCUGGUGGUAUGGAUUCUCAGUCUACUAUAGCCGCAGAAGAUGAAGGUUUCAAUGCCAUUGAAAUGGUUGAGAUGAGCAUUAAAGAAGUCCCUGAAUUAAGCAAACACUAGAGACAACAAAUUCCAGAAGAUUCUUAAAAGAGAAAGACAAGAAAGGAGGAAGAAGGUGAUGCUUUUCAGCUAAGCUUCCCAAAAGUUUUUUCUUUCUUCUUUGCCGCUUCAAAAGUUAUCAUUUCAGAUAUUAUAAGAGGAAACGGUUUGAAGGGUUUGCCUUACCUGGGUCUUUGAUCAAUGAUCAUGUAUGUAAUCUUGUUAUUUUUAUACAUAAAAGUUGUUUUAACUUGUAUAUAAACAGCUUCAGUUGUUGUUGCCAAAAAACAGCUUCAGUUGUUACCAUCUAUGUUUGUUAGAAAUUUUAAAGUACUUCUCAAUUAUCAUUCAGA